ACAUUUACAAAAACAAAGCGCAUAGUAGCAUAUACGCUUGGCAAGCGACGUGUAACAGUAUUGGCCGCAAAAUGUUACCCAUCAUCAUUGCGUUAUUUCUUUGCAUUGGACUACUACCGGCAGCUUGGUGUAUCGAUGGUCUUCAAGGACAAUCUAUUAAGGAUGCUUUUGGUGAAUUCUCACUCACGGACAUGAUUAGCGUGCAUUCGCAAGGCAUCGAAUACGAGGAGGCCGAUGAUGGUUUCCCCUCCUACAAGUUCUUUCCCACAUCGGAUGUGAAGACAUCCUAUCGCGUCUUAUUGCCGGAGAAACUCUACGAAUUUGCAAUCCUCGUCAAAUUCUUACCCAACAGUCCCAAGGGCGGCUAUUUAUUUAGCGUGGUGAAUCCUUUGGAUACGGUGGUUCAAUUGGGCUUACAUCUAUCGCCUGUCAUUAAAAAUAUGUGGAACGUUUCGCUGCUCUACACGCAGUCAGAUCAAAAUAGCGUCAGUCGGAAAUUGGUCAGCUAUCAGUUGCCGUAUAGGGGCAAGGAGUGGACAACACUUUCUUUUCAGGUACUCAGCGACAAGGUGCUCUUCUACUACGACUGUGAAUUGAAUGAAACCACAUCGGUGGUGAGGGAACCGCAGGAAUUGGUCUUCGAUUCAGCAUCGACUUUAUAUUUAGCACAAGCAGGUCUCAUAUUAACCGGGCACUUCGAGUUUAUUUACGUAUGUGCAUAUCAGCCUUUUGGGAAAGUACACAUGCGGGAAAUGAUUUCAUAAAUAUUUUCAAUUGAAAAAGUUGUUUUUUUUUGAUAAAUUGUAUUAAGUAAUCUACGCAAACAAUUUGGUAUAAGCACUUAGCUUAAUUACUGAAUUGUUGAUAAAAGAUACAUAAGUAUAUAUGUAUGAGCAACAAAAGGUUGAUCACUAAAAUCGUAUUUUACUAAUGCUGUGCAAUAAAUGUGAUAACAGAAAGCGGGAUAUAUUUG